AUGUCCGACUACAGCGGUGGUGACGACGAUCGCGAGCCUCUCAACGACGAGCCCGCCUUCGACGAGGACCCCGAUGAGUACUACGAGCCCGAGCCGGAACCGGCCGAGGAAGACGAUGCUGCGCGUGCACCGGAGCUUGAGGGCGAGAACCAGGAUGCCGAUCAUGUCGUCGCGUCGGGGGAUCCCAACGCGGCCGCUAAUCACGGCAAGGGCAACGACAAGUCGCACAAGGAUAAGAAGAUCCCCAACGACCAACGUACAACCACGCCCUUUAUGACCAAAUACGAGAAGGCGCGCAUUCUGGGGACUAGGGCGCUGCAGAUUAGCAUGAACGCGCCCGUAUUGGUCGACCUCGAGGGCGAGACGGAUCCAUUGCAGAUUGCCAUCAAGGAGCUGAGGGAGAAAAAGAUUCCCCUCAUCGUGCGUCGGUACCUGCCGGAUGGAUACUACGAGGACUGGAGUUGUGAGGAGCUUCUCCAGUGA